AAUGACAUGUUGAAAGGUGCGACCGUGCGAGUGUGAGAAUAUGAUAUUUUGUAGCUUAAGUUGAUAUAUAUAUAUAUAUAUAUAUAUAUAUAUAUAUAUAUAUAUAUAUAUAUAUAUAAAUAUAGUUUAGACUUUAUGAAUAUGUAAUAUAGGCCUGGGCAUUUCAAUCUGGACUUGAAAACCCGAACCAGAAUCGACCCAAAAAUACUCGAUCCGGAACCGAACCGGAAAUUUACAAGUACUUUUUAGAUCUAAAUUUCUUUUAUCCGAAAGAACCAGAAUCGAAAAGAACUGACCUGAAUAGACCCAGACUCAAAAAGAACCGAUCCAGAUAGACCCGAUCUAGUAAGAACCGAUUUGUACCCGAUUUAAAAACAUGUAUAUCCAAAAUUAUGAUUUUUUGUGUUCUAAUUUAUAUAUAUUAUUUUAUGAUUUAGUUGAAAUAUUUUUUGUUAAUAACAUUUGUUAUUAUUUUGUAACACUUUUGAAGUAAUAUGAAGCUUUAAAAUGUAAAAUUUAGAGCUUAAGAUGUUACAUUUUAAUUAUUAAUAGUUUCAUUUAAGUUAUUUUGUAAAAUUGUAGAUAUUUAUGACAAAUAUCGACUAAAUUUGAUGGAGUUGGGUAUGUCAUGUUCUUUUCAGAUCCUAAAUACUCGAUAUGGACCCGAAAAAUUACGGAUAUUUUAUGAGUAGUUUAAUUAUAGACCCAAACCGAUACGGACCCGAGAAAAACCGACCCGAAUCCGAACCAAAAUUUUUUAAUUAGGUCUAAAUGUUUAGGAUCCGAAAUAAACCGGUCCGAACCCGACCCAGACGUACUAUCUAAAUAAAUUUUAAUUUAUUAAUUUUUUAUGAUUUCAGUUAAUAUGAUAGAUACUGUUGUGGUAUAUGCUUAUAAUAUCUAGAUAGCAAAAUAUUUGCUAGAGAUUAAACUGAUAUGUUUGAAUUAUAGUGUCUGAAUGAAUGAAUGAAUGAAUGAAAAGAUACAAUAACCGUUUACAAUUCGGUUUAACAAACGAAAUGAAACAGUCAGUCUACAUGUCAUAAACGAAAUGUGUGUUAAUGAAUAAAGACUUUAAUGCACAUAGAUUCAUAUUUAAAAUUUAUUGCGUAAAACCUAUAAUGGAUAAUAUAUUAAAUAAAUAUUUAAACUAAUCUUGUAAUAUUUGAAGUUUAAGGUUUGUGUUAAGUAUUUAUAAUAUCUUCAUUUAUAUUAAAUUUAGUUAACAAUAUCAAUUCUCUCAAAUAGUUUUUUUUUUAGUUUUUGUCACAAAAUAGUCCCCAAUAAAAAAAAAUGGCAAUCUAAUUGUUUAAAACUUUCAUUUAUACAUAUGUGUAUAUAUAAAUUAAUAAACUUUCAUUUCACCUAUUCAAACUAAUACAUAUAUAUUAUAUGUGGUAUAUCAUAUGAGAAUUUUGUUAUAACAUAUAUUGUGCAAAUUAUUCUUAUAGCACAUUAGUUUAAAUAAUAAGUAAAAUUAUUUAAAAUUUAUUCAACCUAUUUAUACGUGAUAUUAAGUUUUAAAGCUAUUUUGAAUACACUAUUGAUUUUAGCUUAUAUCAAAUCAAUAAUUUACUCAUUUAUUUAUCAUUCGACUGCUAUGUAUAUGCAAAAAAAAUAGUUUAUAGUUGAUUAAAUAUUGUGUGCCAAAAAAAGACAAUUAAAUAUAAACUUGAACAUUUGUUUUCUUAUUGUAAAUGUAUACCUUGAUCGAUGAUUAAAAUAGAUGGCUCUGAUUACUUUCAAAAUAAUCAAAAUUAAGUUUACAUUUGAAUUAACUUAUUCCUAUUGAAACUUACUUUUAAAACAAAACUAACUUCAACAUAAUACGAGCAAUAAACUUGAUUUAGGUAUUUAUUUACUAUAAAACCAGAAUAUCAUGUUCGUAGAUGUUAUAAUAAUAGUUAAACGUUAAUUAUACUAAUACAGUCCCUUAGAAUAGGGUUUGAAGUUUUGUAUUCGACAAAUCAUAUUUUGCUUAGGAAACAAAGAUUAGGGCAUUAAUUAUGAGUAGUAUACAUUACACUAACGUAACCUGAAUCAGAACUUCGUUAAGAAAUCUUGUAAAUCGAAUUGCACAAUAGAUGAUACGUAGUCUUAGAUCCGAUUAAAAAAUUACAAUAUUAACUAUAGCUAAGAAACAUAUAUUCUGAAGCAUAUAUCUACAGGUACAUAUCUUGUGGAGCUCUGUAUGCGUAUUAUACACAUAAGAGAAAUAUGAUGAGCAUGCCGUAGAACUCCAUUAGUUAUCUAUUUGUUUAUUAGGGAUAUGUUAUUAUUUUUAUUAGAAAACAAGACAGCGUGAGGUGGAGAACAUGCAUGCAAGAUCAAAUUGAAGUCAUAUAUAUUUACGUAACAAGUUUACUUUGAACCCCAUGCAAGUCCCAUGCACUCAAACCCUUCUAUAUAAACCCCUCCAAGUUCAUCAUCCUGCAGUCAUAAUCAAAUUAGCCAUUACACAAACUACAAAGUCUCUCAACCAUGGCAGUUCCAAAAGCUCACUACUCUCUAGCCAUCCUUGUCAUUCUCUUUGUCGUUUCAAAUUGCCAAAAUGCCUGCAAUCCAGAAUGCAAGGCUAAAGAACCCUUCAACUGCGAUAAUUCUCUUACCUUCAACCGAACUGGAUUUCCAAAGAACUUUACUUUCGGUGCAGCUACUUCCGCGUACCAGAUUGAGGGUGCUGCACAUAGAGCCCUUAAUGGAUGGGACUACUACACUCAUAGAUAUCCAGAAAGGGUUCCAGAUCGCAGCUCCGGAGACGUUGCUUGUGAUUCGUAUGAUCUUUACAAGGAGGAUGUCAAAUUACUGAAAAGAUUGAAAGUUCAAGCAUACCGACUCUCCAUAGCCUGGUCAAGGGUCUUACCAAAGGGAAGACUGACUGGAGGAGUGGACGAGAACGGGAUAGCAUACUACAACAAUCUCAUUAACGAGUUAAAAGCUAAUGGCAUAGAGCCAUUUGUGACUAUAUUUCAUUGGGAUGUUCCCCAAACUCUAGAAGACGAGUACGGAGGCUUCUUAAGCCCGCGUAUAGUAGAGGACUUCAAGAACUAUGCGGAGCUUCUAUUCCAAAGAUUCGGAGACAGAGUCAAGUUUUGGAUCACUCUAAACCAGCCUUACUCUCUCUCAUCCAAAGGUUAUGGAGAUGGAUCAUAUCCACCGGGAAGGUGCACUGGCUGUGAAUUUGGAGGUGAUUCUGGAACCGAACCUUAUAUAGUCACGCAUCACCAACUUCUAGCCCAUGCAGAAGCUGUAUCUUUAUACCGAAAAAGAUAUCAGAAAUUUCAAGGUGGUAAGAUAGGAACGACCUUGAUCGGGAGAUGGUUUGCCCCGCUAAACGAAACUAGCGAUCUCGACCAGGCUGCUGCAAGACGAGCAUUCCAAUUCUUCGUUGGAUGGUUCUUGGAUCCAUUGGUGUACGGAGAAUAUCCAACGAUAAUGAGAGAACUCGUUGGAGACAGAUUGCCAAAAUUCACACCGCAAGAAUCAGAUUUAGUUAAGGGAUCACUUGAUUUUCUAGGGCUGAACUAUUAUGUUACACAAUAUGCAAGCGACGCAUCUCCUCCUCCUCAGACACAGCCUAGCGUCUUAACCGAUCCACGAGUUACUCUUGGAUAUUAUCGCAAUGGAGUACCUAUCGGUGUUGAGGCUAGUAUCGUUUUUAAUUCGGAAUAA